AUGGCACCCACAAUCGUCCUAAUCACCGGAGCCAACCGGGGCAUUGGCAAGGGUCUCCUAGAGCUCUACCUGGCCAAGCCCAACCACACCGUGAUCGCUGCAAACCGCACACCCGACGAUCCAACAUCCAAGGUGUUAGCAGAGCUCCCCAAGGCUGAGGGCACAAUCCUGCUCGUCACCAAGAUCGACGCUACUUCUGCCACUGAUCCGACUCGCGCUGUGAAGGAUCUGGCUUCCCGUGGCAUCAACCAUAUCGACAUUCUGAUCGCCAACGCGGGCAUCGCUCUUCUCUGGCCCAAGGUUUCCGAAGUGAAAGUCGAGGAUAUCCAGACGCAUGUUGACACAAACGUAUACGGCCUGAUCCAUCUGUACCAGGCGUUCAGGCCUCUGCUCAGAAAGGCGAGGGGUCCCAAGUGGGUAACGAUCGGGUCGAAUUUCAUCCCCAUGCAAAACGCAGCCUACGCGCCCACCAAGGUCGUGCAGCACUGGUAUACCAAGGCAAUUGCCGUCGAAGAGCCCUGGCUCACUGCGUUUCCCAUUGACCCGGGCUGGGUGCAGACAGACUUAGGCAACCGAGGCGCAGAUGCGUUUGGGUAUGAGAAGGCCGCAGUGACCAUCGAGGAUAGUGUGAACGGGCUGGUCAAGGUGAUCGAUGCCUCCACUUUGGAGACGCACAGCGGAAAGCUGUUCAAGCAUGAUGGCGCCGAAGAGCCUUGGUGA